CAGUUGACCACCCUGGUUGAUCAGGGGUGUGGUUUUUUUCAUAUCCAUGAGCAACCUAUGUUUUGGAGAGUCAGUGUUGGUGCCUUCCGCGGGGCAAGAGGGCGAAGCGCCGCCGGCGAAGCCAGCCGCACACGCGCUGCUUUGCCGCCCCGAGACAAUCCGGGGCCUGCCGGUUUGAAGGAGCAGUAGGCGCUGGGCUCCCCGCUGCCCGCCCCCAGACUCGGGAGUGCCCCCCCGGCAAGAGGGAGGCCGCGGGCGGAGCCGGCCCGGACCCUUAGUUCUGCCGGAGCGUUGCAGGCCGGGCCCUGUUCUCCUGGGCUCCGCGCCUCGGCGCUGCUGUUGCCAUGGUCACGCUCCGGCAGCCAGGCCUGGCUCCCGCGCUCCGGUUCUAGCAGAGGGAGCCGGUCACCCCGCCAGCGCGCUCGGCCUGCGAUAUGAACAGGUGUGAUGUGGUCUGGGCCCCAGGGACUCCCAGGACGACAACCCCCAAGGUCUCUGGAAUGCUGGAAGUGAUUGGACCAGACGAUGGAUUUAUUCUGGAAGCCUGCUUGACAAUGUCAAGGCAGAACUGUUUAGAAAGGAUAGAUACCAUAGAGGACCAAAAGAAUGGACAAAAUGGCAGAUUACAUGUGUUUGGUCCAAAAGAAGAAGUGGUUAUUGAACCAAUUCAAACAAUGCCAUGGCAGCAUGGAUGUGGACCAGAAUCUACAAACAGAGUUUAUACGCCAACAAAACAAAUCUCAUUAUGUGCAGCUAAAUCAACUUUUGAAAAAUGGGAUUCUUCUGCAAAAAGUAUAAAAAAUAAAAAUUCAUCUAGGAUUCAAGAGACUAAUUUAAGAUCACCCCACUACAUACAAGAAACUACAGACGAUAAAGAGAAAAAUUCCAGAAAUGUAGAAAAGCCAGCAAAUAAUGAACUCAGCACUGAAUUUCAGACAAAUAGUAUUGAUGACCAUAAUAUUGAUGAGCAGCUGUCAGAAACAACAGAUGACGACGAAAGCAGCAGUGAAAAUGAAGAUAGAAAAAGAAAUGCACCAAUAGAGUUGCUGGGAGAGUUCCUGAAAGCAAUUAUGGAUCAAGACUACAGUCUCUCAAAGAAACUUUGUCAGAUGAUUCUAAUAUAUGAACCAGAAAAUACUGAGGCCAAGCAGUUUCUUCCACUUCUUGAAGAAAAGUUGCUGAUAGAGGCGUAUGAGAAUACAGAAGAACUUGGAGGAAAGGAGUUGCAGAGAUGGCUUUAACCUGUCAUCGUCCUACCCCAGUGCUAGUUCAGCUGUGCCAGCCCCCCAACAUUAGUUUGAGUGGCCUGAAGGCAACUCUAACUCAGACCAGAUGCUAGUGCUCCCCAGGGGCUAAUACAACAGCCUAAGACCGUCUGGGGUGUCCUUUAAAACCCAGAUGACCUCAAGCUGUUGUUGUGACAUACUGUACCCCAUAUCCCACAUAUUCACCACUGUUAUAUGAUUGUGUUAUGUUUUGUACAAAGUAUGCCUUAUGAGGUAUCAUUUGAAAAGUCUUGAUUUGGUGAACCUCAUUAUCCUCUUGAAAUGUAUGUGUCAUCAAUGUAUAUGAAAUUAUGACAUUUUGCUAUAUGUUUGUUACUGAAACAUGGUGAGUCUGGAAAACUCAGAGAGGACAAAGAAACGGAAAACUGAGGCCUUAUGUGCCAAUCUUCACAUAGACAAAAGGUGCAAGCAAAAAUUUGCAAUUCAUAAUGAAGGAUGAUCAGCCUCUUAUGUACACCAUGAGUGCUGCCUACACAUGACACAGCAUGGAUUUUCCAGUAUCUGGAGAAAAGUAUAAAUCAGGGACAGUGAUGUCACCACAGGGCCUGCCUCUUACCCCCAUCGCUAUACGAGGAAAACUAAGAGAUCUCCAUUGAAACUUUGGAAGGUGUUCCAGUUAGUAUACACUGCUGUUAAGUUUUGGAUGAGAGAAAUCAUCUUGAUUUUAGAAUUAUUAGCCUGGUAAAUUUAGAAUUUAGAUUGUGGUUUUGCUUUUUCCUUUUGCAACCAAUUCUAAUCUCUGUUCCAAUUCCACUUAAUCACUUAAAAUCUAUCUUUGUCUAGUUAAUAAACUUAUUUUGAUGUUUAAUCUAAACCAGUGAAUUUGUCUAAAGUGUUUGGGGGAUCUGUUCAGAUUACAGAGGCUGGGACAUGUCCACUACCUUUUGAACGAGCGGCAAAUUUUGAUCAAGAAGGUCUUGAGCAGUGUAAGAUGCACAUUUCUGGGGUGCCAGGCUGGGGGAAUUUGCUUAUAUCUCCCUAUAUACAGUUCAUGAAUGGCUUGUGAGAGCCUUCAUGCAACUUAGCAGGGUGCUCCUCUGCAUGCUGAUGGCUGAGUGAACAGAGCCUGGAUGCGUUUGCUGUUCACUAGUAUAGCAGUGUAGGAGACAGCCUAGAGGAGGCAGGAGAGUUAAGGGGGUAUAGGGUUUCCACUGUCUGGAUUGCACCUCGGGGCAUGUCACAGUUGUAUUAGCCCCUUGGGACCAAUGGCAUCUGGUGUGAGUUACAGUUGCCAUCAGGCCACUCAAACUAAUAUUAGCGGGCUGGCAGAAACACUCUUUUUGCCUGCUAUAACUGCUGUGCGGGCUGCAGGGAAAGAGAGUGGCAUAGGAGUUGCUAUACUGUCUCUACUCCUCUCAGGAUCCCCCUACAUUGGAGUGAUCCUGUUGUGGUCAGCUACACCAGUUUUAGCUACUUUGUGCCAAUAUUAUAGAAUCAUAGGACUGGAAGAGACCUUGAGAGGUCAUCUAGUCCAGUCCCCUGCACACAUGGCAGGACUAAGUAUUAUCUAGACCAUUCCUGACAGAUGUUUGUCUAACCUGCUCUUAAAAAUCUACAAGGAUGAAGAUUCCACGACCUCCCUAGCCAAUUUAUUCCACUGCUUAACCACCCUGACAGUUAGGAAGUUUUUCCUAAUGUCCAACCUAAACAGCCCUUGCUGCAAUUUAAGCCCAUUGCUUCUUGUCCUAUCCUCAGAGGUUAAGAAAAACAAUUUUUCUCCUUCCGCCUUAUAACAACCUUUUACAGACUUGAAAACUGUUAUGUCCCCUCUCAGUCUUCUCUACUCCAGACUAAACAAACCCUCAUAGGUCAUGUUUUCUAGACCUUUAAUCAUUUUUGUUGCUCUUCUCUGGACUCUCUUCAAUUUGUCCAUAUUCUUCCUGAAAUGUGGGGCCCAGAACUGGACACAAUACUUCCGUUGAGGCCUAAUCAGUGCAGAGUAGAGCAGAAGAAUUACUUCUCGUGUGUUGCUUACAACACUCCUGCUAAUACAUCCCAGAAUGAUGUUUGCUUUUUUUGCAACAGCGUUACACUGUUGACUCAUAUUUAGCUUGUGGUCCGCUAUGACCGCCAAAUCCCUUUCCGCAGUACUCCUUCCUAGGCAGUCAUUUUCCGUUUUGUACGUGUGCAACUGAUUGUUCCUUCCUAAGUGGAGUACUUUGCAUUUGUCCUUAUUGAAUUUCAUGCUGUUUACUUCAGACCAUUUCUCCAGUUUGUCCAGAUCAUUUUGAAUUUUAAACCUAUCCUCCAAAGCACUUGCAACACCUCCCAGCUUCAUAUCAUCCGCAAACUUUAUAAGUGUACUGUCUAUGCCAUUAUCUAAAUCAUUGAUGAAGAUUUUAAACAGAACCGGACCUGGGACCCCACUCCUUAUCCCCUUCCAGCAUGACUGUGAAUCACUGAUAACUACUCUCUGGGAAUGGUUUUCCAACCAGUUUUGCUCCCAUCUUAUAGUACCUCCAUCUAGGUUGCAUUUCCCUAGUUUGUUUCUGAGAAGGUCAUGCGAGACAAUAUCAAAAGCUUUAGUAAAGUCAAGAUAUACCGCAUCUACCAUUUCCCACCCUCCAUUCACAAGGCUUGUUACCCUGUCAAAGAAAGGUAUCAGGUUGGUUUGACACAAUUUGUUCUUGACAAAUGACUGUUACUCAUCACUUUAUUAUCUUCUAGAUGUUUGCAAAUUGAUUCCUUAAUUAUUUGUUCCAUUAUCAUUCCGGGUACAGAAAUUAAGCUGACUGGUCUGUAAUUUCCUGGGUUGUCCUUAUUUCCCUUUUUACAGAUUGGCACUAUAUUUGUCUUUUUCCAGUCUUCUGGAAUCUCUCCCGUUUUCCAUAUUGAGAGCAAAGUGAUCACAGCACACAGAUCUGGGCCAGCUUCACAACAUUAGCCCUGUAGCUUAUUAUCUCAAAAUGGAUAAUUGCCUUAAAUCAGUUUUUAAUUUAAGUAUUUUAUUGUAUUAUGAGAAUAUUCCUAUUUUAAAAAUACUCUUCUGUGGCUAAGAACCUAAAAUAUUAAUAGCAUGUGUUCAUUUUUUUCUUCACUUUUAAAUUGGUUUUGAAAUGGGAAAUUUCAGUCGAGUUCCAUGUUCCCAUAGUAGUACAGGUUGGAGACUCUUGUUUUCCUUGCAGACGAGAUCAAUUUCAGCAGUAUCAUUUUUAUGAUUUAACAUGCUCUUGCUCUUCCAAACUGGCUAUCAAUCCUGUAAAAACAAAUAUGAGUAGUUUUACUCACAUGAGAAGUCCCGUUCACCUUCAUGUUGUCGAAAAGCUGUGCUUAUUUUAUAAAAUAUUUUGGAAAAUGGGUGUUGACUAUAUAGACAAAAAAUUGGUGUAACUGACAAAAAUAGUCAUCCUAUCACUAUAUAUAUAUCCUAUCACUGUUGCUGAAAGUUUCCAAAACCUGCACCAUCUCAAACAAGAUACAUAUUUGGAAUAUUUGUGAAUAUAUGGACUGUUUACUAAAUUCUCAGGAAAAACACACACAUAAUUUUCUUCCUGUACUAGAAAAGGGAAAAUGUUUGUUUAGAUAUUUCUUUGAAAAUUAGACAGCACUAUCAAGCAAAACAAUUGUAUUAAUCCCUCUCUGUACAAAGCAAAAUGCAAUGACUGGUUUAGAAUACAAUUAUUUUCUUCAGAAAAAUACCCCAAAACACCAUGUACAACCUAUUUAUUUUGGAUAUAUAAUUUUGAGUUUAUUUGGAAUAUAAUAUCAAAUAUUAUGUAUUUAGCACAUGCCUGAAAUAGUCAAUUAUUUACUAACCGAAACUUAAGACUUACCUAAAAUGUAUAUCUUGUACCUGUAUGCCUUAGAAAGUACACAGAAUUUUGGUGAUGAAGAGGGUGAAGAAACAGAUGAAGGAAGCAGUGAGGACAGUGAAGAGGAUACUAGCAGUUCAGAUAGCAGUGAUGAUGAAGGAGAAGGAAGUUCUGAUGAUUCUGAUGAAAAUGUAUAGCAGUUUGUUAAUUCUUCUAUACUCCCUAUAGGUUGAUUAUUUUGAUUCUUCUGUACAGUCUCUUUUUAAACACCAUAUUAAAAUGCACUGUUUAAUCAUUAUAACUUUUCUCCCUCUUAAACUGCUGCACUCUUUUGCGUAUAGAUUGCCUCCACACUCACACGCAGCCCGCCAUACCAGUGGUUCUCAACCAAGGGUACAUGUACCCCAGGAGUACACAGGGGUCUUCCAGGGGGUACAGCAACUCAUCUAGAUACUUACCUAGUUUUACAACAGAUUACAUAAAAAGCACUAGCAAAGUCAGUGCAAAGUAAAAUUUCAUACAGACAAAAUGAGAAAGCAAGCAAUUUUUCAGUAAUAGCGUGCUGUGACACUCUGUAUUUUUAUGUGAUUUUUGUAAGCAAAUAGUUUUUAAGUGAGGUGAAACUUGCGGUUAUGCAGGACAAAUCAGACUCCUGAAAGGGGUACAGUAGUCUGGAAAGGUUGAGAGCCACUGCAUCAGACUAACUUUGUUCCAUAGCAUAUUUGAUGCUAUAGACAAAAUUGAUUUCCUUACACAUAACUCCUAAAAAGUUUUCCUGUUGGAGCAAUCAGCUAGAUGAAAAGCUAGGGUGCAUGUCAUCAGUUGAGCAAAGACAUGAUUUUUUAUUGAGAAAUUUUGUGCUUUCAAAAUUCAUUGACACCAGUUCAGCAGGGCAAUAAAAUCUUCCUAAAUGAUUGUGCAGAGCAAUUGAUUUCACACAAUGCUGGUAAGACUCUGAAUGGGGUAAAAAACCUCUUUACAAUUUAAAGAUAAAUAUACAGCUUCUUGGAAGAAAUCAAACAUACAGGUUUUCAAACAAAUAUUUUGUGUUACAAAAUGUUGUCAUUAAACCAUAUUUUUGGAAAUACCUGCUAAAAUUCUGUUCAUGCAACCUGUCUCCUCCCACCUCACUCCCCCACAAUUUACUUUAGAUAAUUACAAUAGCCCUGACAUAAGUGGGUGCAACUUCAGUGGAAGUUUCUUGGCCAGAUUUGGAGACAAAACUUACAUUACUGUUUAAGAUUUGUCAGGUAUAAAGGUAAUCAGAAAAUAUAUGUAAAUAAUAAAGUAGAGUAACUUGUACCAAUUUGGCAUUCAGCGGGUGUGCAAAGUGAGGAUAACGAACACAUUCAGGUGGCAUGGAAUGCAGCAGAAAAAGCAUUGGACAGCAUAGUGUGAAAAAAUGCAUUCAGGACUUGGAUUGAACGCUUAUGUUUUAUGUAGUCUAACCAUGAAAACCAUUCAUAUUUUUAAAUACUGCAUUCUGGUGUGCAGAAAAUGUGUCACAGUACACAUGUAACCAUCUUUUGUUUCAUGCACCAGUACACUUAAGUACAGUGUUGCUUUUUUACUACUAACAUUUCAGGACCCCUUGUUAAUGUCAGUAGAUGUCUGACACCAUGGUUCUUGUUGUAGCUCCUAAUUGUUACUUGCUUCCUCUUCAGUGUAACAAAUGUGUUGGUUAGUGAAAUUAUUAAAUAUAACAGAA